AUGAAAUGCCUUCUGCUCCUGCCCCUUCUUCUGCUGGGGACAGUUUCUGCUCUUUUUCUAGAGAACGAUGCCCCCCAUCUGGAGAGCCUAGAGACAGAGGCAGACCUGGGCCAGGAUCUGGAUGGUUCAGGGGAGCAGAAGAGUGAGUUGGCCCUGACUGAGGAGGUGAUUCAGUCAAAGGGAGAGGAGGUCGAGGCUUCUGCAUGUCAAAACACAUUUGAGGAUGAGGAAGCCAUGGAGCCAGACCCAGCUGCCUUAGACAAGGACUUGCAGUGCCCCAGGAAGGAAGACACAGUUCAACUGCAUGGAAGUCCUGAGUGCAAGACCUGUCGCUACGUGUUGGUGCGGAGCCCCAUGACGUUUAGCAACGCUCAGAAUGUCUGCAGAAGAUGCUACCAAGGCAACCUCGUCUCCAUCCACAAUGACCAUUUCAACUAUCUCAUUCAGCGCAGCGCCAGUAGACUCAACCAGGCUCAGGUCUGGAUUGGUGGCAUCCUCAAGGGCUGGUUCCUGUGGAAGAAAUAUUGCUGGACCGAUGGGAGCUCCUGGAAUUUUGAAUACUGGGCCUCGGGGGAGCCUAGGAGUGGGAGUGGCUGCUGUGUGGCAAUGAGUACCAGAGCGGGCCAUUGGCGACGAAUUCAGUGCGAAACGCAUCUGCCCUUCGUCUGCUCCUUCUAA